CUCUCGCGAGCACCUUCGCCGUCGUCCCCGCCAUGCCCGAGCCCGCCAAGUCGGCCCCGGCCCCGAAGAAGGGCUCGAAGAAGGCGGUGACCAAGGCGCAGAAGAAGGACGGCAAGAAGCGCAAGCGCAGCCGCAAGGAGAGCUACUCGGUGUACGUGUACAAGGUGCUGAAGCAGGUGCACCCCGACACGGGCAUCUCGUCCAAGGCCAUGGGCAUCAUGAACUCGUUCGUCAACGACAUCUUCGAGCGCAUCGCGGGCGAGGCGUCCCGCCUGGCGCAUUACAACAAGCGCUCGACCAUCACGUCGCGGGAGAUCCAGACGGCCGUGCGCCUGCUGCUGCCCGGGGAGCUGGCCAAGCACGCCGUGUCCGAGGGCACCAAGGCCGUCACCAAGUACACCAGCGCCAAGUGAACUUGAAAAGAUCCUGGUGAGUGGUUCCUGUUCCUUUUGUUUAUACCCCUCGCCCCGGCAUUAAGGAACAUAUUCGAAGGAACCCAGCUUAGUGUUAGGCCUGGUCCCUCAGAUCUAAGGCCUCCAGAUCCCAUGCGGUCCCCACCCCGCGGCGAAAAGCGGUUGGUCAGCAGAGGCCCCGCCCGGGUCACUCGGCACCAUUCCCUCCCCGUCGGCGCCCCGCGCAGAACCCACCUCGAAAGCGGAGCCAAAAACUGCCGCAACGGCUCUACGCGGAGCUGUUCGUAGACCAGCACUAAAGCUCUUUCAGGGAAAACGUGGGGGCCCUAAA